GUCACACAAUAGCGUCGCAGAAGCACGUAGCGUCGCCAUUUUGACAGCCUUUUGUAAGCGUUUGCUAAGUGCUUGCUACUGUUCUCCGCUGGUUUUUCGGUGUAUCGUUCGCUUCCGUUAACGAAAGAUGCAAGGCUACAGAGGCCCCCAACAGAACCACGGCCCGAAUCGUCCGGGAGACCAGCGAGGUGAAGGAGCUAACGGAAACGGGCAGGAGCCGGAGCCCAGUGAAUACAUCAACCCCAAUGCGGCCUUAACCCUGGACCUACAGAGCUUCAGGAAGCCCGGAGAAAAAACGUUCACCCAACGGAGCAGGCUGUUCGUUGGAAACCUACCGACCGGAAUCACCGAAGAAGAGCUGGAGAAGAUGUUCGCCAAAUACGGAAAAGCCGGUGAGGUUUUUGUCAACAAGGAGAGAGGUUUCGGUUUCAUCCGGUUGGAGACGAGAAUCAUUGCGGAGAUCGCCAGGUCCGAGCUGGAUGAUUUUGUGGUCAAAGGCCGACCCAUACGAGUGAGGUUUGCUACGCACGGUGCCGCAUUAUCUGUCAAGAAUUUGCCAGAGUUUGCUUCCAACGAGCUCCUGGAGGAGGCCUUCGCCGUGUUCGGCCAGGUGGAGAGAGCUGUGGUGAUAGUGGAUGACCGCGGGAGGCCAACGGGGAAAGGCUUGGUGGAGUUCACGUCCAAACCUGCUGCGAGAAAAGCUCUGGAUAAGUGCGGUGACGGUGCCUACUUAAUGACAGCCUUCCCCCGGCCCAUCACAGUGGAGCCUAUGGAGCAGUUUGACGAAGACGAGGGGUUGCCAGAGAAGCUGAUCAACAAAAACCAACAGUUCCACAAAGAGCGCGAGCAGCCUCCACGGUUUGCUCAGCCUGGCUCGUUCGAGUACGAGUACGCCAUGCGCUGGAAAGCCCUGAUGGAGAUGGAGAAGCAGCAGUAUGAGAUGGUGGAUCGCAACAUGAAAGAGGCUCAGGAGAAGCUGGAGGCUGAGAUGGAGGCAGCCAGACACGAGCACCAGGUGAUGCUGAUGCGUCAAGACCUGCUGAGGAGACAGGAGGAGCUGCGAAGGAUGGAGGAGCAGCACAAUCAAGAGGUGCAGAAGAGGAAGCAGGCUGAGCUCCGGCAGGAGGAGGAACGCAGGAGGAGAGAGGAGGAAAUGAUGAAGAGGCAGCAGGAGGGCUUCAGGGGCGGCUUCUCCGAAAACAGAGAGCAGGAGAUGAGGAUGCACAUGGGGGGCCAUGGGAUGGCUAUGAACAGAAAUUCUCUGGGUGGAAAUUCGGGUUCUGCUGGUGCUGCUGGCAUAACUGCUGAGAAUACUCCAAUGAUGUCAGCGUCGGGAAACAACAAUUUACCAGGAGGAGGACAGGGGGGCUUCCCCAGAGGCCUCCCAGGCUCUGGAGACUACAACAAGCAGCGCAGAUUUUAAAUCACAUGUCUGUUUCUCUCUCAUUUUCUUACUCACUGUACUCUUAAGUUUAAGGUAGUGGGUGGUACCUUUGGACUUUGAUACGUGCAUGUGUUUUGUACUAUUUUAUUUUUACUCACAAGUUCCUUUAGUACUAAUUUGUCACCUCCUUCAGAUGAGCCAUGGAAUUUUCAAUACUUUCUCAAAUUGAUGUAUUACUUCGAUAGGAAUAGAAAAUGUUUUGGUUCUUCAUGUUAUGUUUUCUGUAAUAAAUUCAUUAUUCCCUAAAACAAA